GAUGAAGCCAAAAACUAUUUGUAUGAAGAGUUAUGGAAGUUGUGUGGUGGACCUUUGUUUGAUCUUCCAAAAAUUAGAGAAAACGUAUAUUACUUUCCUCAAAGGCAUAUAAAAUAUAUUGACUUGGGUGAAAUAACACCAAUUUUUGACAUUUCUUCAAAAUUUCGAUGCAAUGAUAUUGAUAUUCAAUUUAAGGUGGAGAAUGAUAUUUUGGAUGUUUAUACAAAAAUUAGCUUGUUGCCAGAUACAUCAGAAAGUGAAAUUUCUAUACUUAAUGGCAAUCAAGAAAAUCAGAAAAUCUACUAUUUCACCAAAGUUUUAAGUGUGCCAUAUAUACACCAAAAAGACAUAUUUUUACAACUGGUUAACAUUCACGACAGCAAAAAAAUUGGUCAUGGGAGACUAGGAGAGAAUGGGGAGUCACGAGUUGGAAUACAAAGAACAGUUCAUCAACAAGACAAUAUACCUUCAUCGUUAAUUUCAAAACAAAGUAUGCACCAUGGAAUCAUUGUUUCUGCAAUAAAUGCUAUUAAUACCAAAUCCACGUUCAAUUCAAGCCAAUUCAUCAUCAAUAUUGAUAAAUAUAUUGACGCAAUGAACAAUAAGUUUAAAAUUAUAAGCAAUACAAAUUGUUCCUCUCAUUGGAGAGAUUCUGACUGGCGAAGCUUAGAACUGAAAUGGGAUGUGGCUGCAUCGAUUCCAAGACCUGAUAAGGUUUCCCCAUGGGAAAUUGAGCCUUUGACAUCUUCAUCAAACAUUAUCCAAUCGCAUCUUAAGGAUAAACGAUCACGUCAUGUUGAUGAAAUUGAUAUGUGGAUUCCUAAUCCUACCCUGACUCAA